GUUUCGUUUCCAUGUGCAGCAUGAGAAAACUGGUAAUAUUAGCCGCUUUGGUCUCGGCUCUACACGCAGCCAGCUUCCCAACAGACACUGAUGUGGUAUAUAAGUGCCAAGAAGAUCAGGACAACAUUGCUACUUUAGCAGCUGAGCAGUUCAUUAAUGAUCAUCACCACCAUGGAUACAAAUUCAAAUUAGUUUCACUGGACAGUCGCAGUGCAGAUGAGAAGACCGAUCUUUGUGAGGUCAUCUUCAGAAUAACACUAGAAGAAACUGAAUGCCACAUUGUGAAUCCCAAACCUUUAGAUCAGUGUAACACUAGAAUGGAAGCAGAGACGAAAGUGACAGCAAAAUGUAAUGUGACCGUGUUAAGUUUUGAGGGAAAAGCAGUUGUGGCGUGCUUCAUCUGUGACACCAAACCAGAUUCACAUGAAAUACUUUUGACAAAAUGCCCUGACUGCCCCAGUCUACUGCCAUUAAAUGACCCAAAUGGUCUAGAGACUGUGAAAACGGCCCUGCAGAAAUUCAACAAAGAAUCUAAUCACAAGUCAUACUUUAAACUGUUGGAAGUGGGAAGGAUCAGCACACAGUGGAUGCUUUCAGGUCAAGGCUUCUUUGCGCAGUUCGCCAUUACGGAGACAAACUGUCCCAAAACAGUGGAAUAUCAGAAACAAAAAGCAUGCAAGGCUUUGUGUGGAGUUAAAGCUCGGUAUGGGUUCUGUAAGACAUACAAGGUUGGUAAUGAAGAACCAGAAGUGGAAUGUGACAUUUACAAAGCUCAGAACACAACUCAUCCAAUGAAACACCCUGCUCAGUCAAGAAAAGACUGUAAAUUCCAUGGCUUCGCAACCCCCCAUUUUCCAGGAGAUAACCUGCCUCACCCGGAACAUGCAAGCCAUGAGGACAAGGGUAGGGACAAAAGGCCUCACCGAGGGGGUCGUCCAGGACACGCAAGCCAUGAGGACAAGGACAGGGACAAAAGGCCUGACCGUUGGGGCCAUCCAGGACAUGCAAGCCAUGAGGACAAGGACAGGGACAAAAGUCCUCAUCGAGGAGGCCGUCCAGGACACGAAAGCCAUGAGGACAAGGACAGGGACAAAAGGCCUGACCGAGGGGGCCGUCCAGGACAUGCAAGCCAUGAGGACAAGGACAGGGACCAAAGGCCUGACCGAUGGGGCCAUCCAGGACACGCAAGUCAUGAGGACAAGGACAGGGACAAAAGGCCUGGUCGAUGGGGCCGUCCAGGACACACAAGCCAUGAGGACAAGGAUAGGGACAAAAGGCCUGGUCGAUGGGGCCGUCCAGGACAUGCAAGCCAUGAGGACAAGGAUAGGCACAAAAGGCCUGAUCGAUGGGGCCGUCCAGAAAAUGCAAGCCAUGAGGACAAGGGCAUGGAUACUAGGCCUGACCGUUGGGGCCAUCCAGGACACGCAAGCCAUGAGGACAAGGGCAGGGACAAAAGGCCUGACCGAGGGGGGCAUCCAGGACAUGCAAGCCAGGAGGACAGGGAUAAAAGGCCUGAACGAGGGGGCCAUCCAGGACAUGAAAGCCAUGAGGACAAGGAAAGGGACAAAAGGCCUGACCGAGGGGGCCGUCCAGGACACGCGAGCCAUGAGGACAAGGACAGGGACAAAAGGCCUGACAGAUGGAACCGUCCAGGACACGCAAGUCAUGAGGACAAGGACAGGGACAAAAGGCCUGACCGAUGGGGCCGUCCAGGACAUGGAAGCCAUGAAGGCAAGGACAGGGACAAAAGGCCUGACAAAGGGGGCCGUCCAGGACACACAAGCCAAGAGGACAAGGGCACAGACAAAAAGCCUGACCAAGGGGGCCGUCCAGGACACACAAGCCAAGAGGACAAGGGCAGAGACAAAAGGCCUGAUCAAGGGGGCCGUCCAGAUCACCCAAGCAAUGAGGACAAGGGAAGGGACAAAAGGCCAGAUCAAGGGGGCCGUCCAGUUCACACAAGCAAUGAGGAGAAGGGCAGAGACAAAAAGCCUGAUCAAGGGGGCCGUCCAGAUCGCACAAGCAAUGAGGAGAAGGGCAGAGACAAAAGGCCUGACCGAGGGGGCCGUCCAGGACAUACAAGCCAUGAGGAAAAGGGCAGGGACAAAAGGCCUGACCGAGAGGGCCGUCCAGACAAGGCAAGCCAUGAAGACAAGGGUAGGGACAAAAGGCCUGAUCAAGGAGGCCAUCCAGAUCACACAAGCAUUGAGGACAAGGGCAGGGAUAAAAGGCCUGAACAAGGGGGCCAUCCAGAUCGCCCAAGCAAUGAAGACCAGGGCAGAGAUAAAAUGCCUGACCAAGGGGGUCGUCCAGAACAAACAGGCAAUGAGGACAAGGGCAGAGACAAAAGGCCAGAUCAAGGGGGCCGUCCAAAACAUGCAAGCAAUGAGGACAAGGGAAGGGACAGAAGGCCUGAUCAAGGCAGUCGUCCAGAAGAUGCAAGCAAUGAGGAUAAGGGCAGGAACAAAAGGCCUGACAAAGAGGGCCAUCCAGGACAGGCAAGCAAUGAGGACAAGGGCAGGGACAGAAGGCCUGACCAAGGCAGCCGUCCAGAACACGCAAGUAAUGAGAACAAGGGCAGAGACAGAAGGCCUGGCCAAGGGGGCCGUCCAGAACACGCAAGCAAUGAGGACAAGGGCAGAGACAAAAGGCCUGACCAAGGGGGCCGUCCAGAACAUGCAAGCAAUGAGGACAAGGGCAGGGAAAAAAGGCCUGACCAAGGGGGCCAUCCAGAACACACAAGCAAUGAGGACAAGGCCAGGGAUAAAAGGCCUGACAGAGGGGGCCGUCCAGAACACGCAAGUAAUGAGGACAAGGGCAGGGACAGAAGGCCUGACAAAGGCAGCCAUCCAGAACACGCAAGCAAUGACGACAAGGGCAGGGACAGAAAGCCUAACCAAGGGGUCCAUUCAGAACACGCAAGCAAUGAGGACAAGGGCAGAGACAAAAGGCCUGACCAAGGGGGUCGUCCAGGACACACAAGCAAUGAGGACAAGGGCAGGGACAAAAUGCCUGACCGAGGGGGCCGUCCAGAACAUGCAAGCAAUGAGGACAAGGGCAGGGACAGAAGGCCUGACCAAGGCAGCCGUCCAGAACACGCAAGUAAUGACGACAAGGGCAGGGACAGAAAGCCUAACCAAGGGGGCCAUCCAGAACACGCAAGCAAUGAGGACAAGGGCAGAGACAAAAGGCCUGACCAAGGGGGUCGUCCAGGACACACAAGCAAUGAGGACAAGGGCAGGGACAAAAUGCCUGAUCAAGGCAGUCAUCCAGAAGAUGCAAGCAAUGACGAUAAGGGCAGGAACAAAAGGCCUGACAAAGGGGGCCAUCCAGAACAUGCAAGCAAUGAGGACAAGGGCAGAGACAAAAGGCCUGACCAAGGGGGCCGUCCAGAACACACAAGCAAUGAGGACAAGGGAAGGGACAGAAGGCCUGACCAAGGGGGCCGUCCAGAACACGCAAGCAAUGAGGACAAGGCCAGGGAUAAAAGGCCUGACCAAGGGGGCCGUCCAGAACACGCAAGCCCUGCGGACAAGGACAGGGACAAAAGGCCUGACAAAGGAGUCCAUUUAGAACAUGCAAGCAAUGAGGACAAGGGCAAGGAUAAAAGGCCUGACCAAGGGGGCCAUCCAGAACGCACAGGCAAUGAGGACAAGGGCAGGGAUAAAAGGCCUGACCAAGGGGGCCAUCCAGAACGCACAGGCAAUGAGGAGAAGGGCAGGGAUAAAAGGCCUGACCAAGGGGGCCAUCCAGAACGCACAGGCAAUGAGGACAAGGGCGGUGACAAAGGUCCUGACAAAGGGGGCCAUCCAGAACAUGCAACCAAGGAGGACAAGGACAGGGACAAAAGGCCUGACCAAGGGGGCCGUCCAGAACGUGCAAGAAAUGAGGAAAAAGGUAGGGGGUGGAGUGGAAGGGGGUGGGGUGACAAAAGGAAUCACCAAGGGGGCCGACCAAAACAUGCAAGCUAUGAGGACAAGGGCAGGGACAAAAAGCCUGACCGAGGGGGCCGUCCAGAACAUACAAGCCAUGAGGACAAGGGCAGGGACAAAAGGCCUGACCGAGGGAGUCGUCCAAAACACGCAAGCCAUGAGGAUAAGGGCAGAGUCAAAAGGCCUGACCAAGGGGGACGUCCAGAACAAGCAAGCCAUGAAGACAAGGGCAGAAACAAAAGGCCUGAGGGCCACCCUGAGUUCCCAUACAGUGGCUUUGUAAAAAUACCCCCUUCAAUUUAUCCAAUCUGUCCUUUCCUUCCACCAUGUCUCUGCCAAAGCCCUUCAGACCAUGAACCCUCUUCUCCUCCUUCUCCGUCUCAGUAACCAACACUAAAAUCUGCUGAGGAUUAAUAAACAUUAAAAUCUGAACAACAUAAGAGUGUGCCUCCAUAAUGUU